AUGCCCACAAUCACUCUCAUCCACAACCCCAAGUGCUCCAAAUCAUGUGCUGCUCUCGAGCUGCUGGAGCAGAAGCAAAUUAGCCCCAAUGUCGUGCAGUACCUCGACACACCUCUUUCCGUUGCUGAGAUUUCGUCUAUUGUUCGGAAACUCGACAUGAAGCCCGUCGAGCUGCUCAGAAAGGGCGAGCCGCAAUUUUCUGAGCUCAAUUUGGGGGCGGCCAACACGCCCGAUGCCGAGAUCAUUGAUGCCAUGGCGAAACACCCCAAUCUAAUCGAGCGGCCUAUUCUGAUUGUGGAUGACAAGGCUGUGAUUGGACGGCCCACAGAAAAGCUCAAUGACCUGCUGGGAAAGCUGUAG